AUGGGCGAAUAUUUGGAUAUUCUAUCUAUCUAUCUAUCUAUCUAUCUAUCUAUCUAUCUAUCUAUCUAUCUAUCUAUGACUUUUAGGACCCCGCGCUUCUUUUGCUUUUCUGCUUUUCUGUUUUUUCCUCUUCUUCCUUCUAUUUUUCUUCGCAUUUUUCGGACACAUUUAUUCCUCCCCCCUCCUCCGUUUUCUUCUUCUUCUUCUUCUUUUUUUCUUCUUCUUCUUCUUCUUCUUCUUCUUCUUCUUCUUCUUCUUCUUCUUCUUCCCAUUUCUAAACCGAUUUCUUUCUUUUACUUUUUUUAUAUUCUUUUUUCUUCUACAUUCUUUGUCAUUUUUCUUCUAUUUUUCUUUCGAUUCCUUCUUCUUCUCGUUCAUUGUCAUCUUUUUUCUAUUUUCUUUCUUUCUUUUCUGUAUCCUUUCUUUUUUCUAUCUUUUUCUUCUUCAUUUGCUUCUUCGCAUACUUCUUCAUUUUCUUAUCUUUCUUCUACUUUUCUUCGUAAUCUGAAUCCGUUUUCUUCUUUUUCUCCUUUUUCUUCUUCUUUUUCUUCUUUUUCUCCUUCUUCUUCUUCUUUUUCUCCUUCUUCUUCUUCUUUUUCUCCUUCUUUUUCUUCUUCUUUCAACGUUUCAACCCAUAUAAUUCUCGGAUGA